GUACUGUCUGCUUUUGUCAUAAUGGUUGAAGAUUUGGGAGGGUAGAUUGCAGUUUCCAGAUUUGGUUCACAUGAUGGAUAUUUUCAGAGAGAGUGAGAGCUUUUGACUUUUAAACUGUUCAUCUAAGUCUCGUGAAGUUGGCGAUGAUACGAACCAGAGCAGAGAUUUUGGGAGAUCUGGAAGCGGAAGGCAGCGGGCAAUGCGUGACUGAGUGUGAUUGGUGGCGUGGAUUUGAAAAUGAAAGUGGCCGAGUGGGGGAAAGUGGUGGAGGAUUUAGUAGCAGAGAGAUGCAGAAUGAUGCUGAAGUGAAACGGCAGAGGGCUACUUGGCCAUGGAUCAGAUACUUUCUCUUAUAUUCGUUACCCCCUUUUCAGGGUUAUCUGAAGGUGUUCCCCUAGUACUAGUAGUUGCCAAGUAGUAUUUGAUCAUGCUAACAUCAUAAAUAUAGAAGUCGAUCUGAAUAAAAUAUUAUCUUAUGAGUAAUUAUAUUUAGUUAGUAAUAUUGUGAUGUAAAACAGUGGCGAAGUCAGAAAUCCAACCGAGUGCAUGGGGGAGGGCUGACUUGAAUUGUCGUAAUUGAGAGAAGGGGGCUAAAGCCAUGUUAGCUAUUCUAAUUCCUAAAUGUAUGCAAAUUUUACAUUGUAAUUUUACCUGUAUUUCAAAAUCGAGUGAGGACUAUAGUCCCUCCUAGUUUCAACCUAGUAGUUCCACCAUUGAUGUAAAAUAUUAUUAAUUGACGAGAUGCUUAUAAUAUCGAAAACCAAAUAUGACACUAGUUCUCAUGGAUUAUGCACGCAUGUGCUUCUGUGCAAUGAAUAUCAUUUCUAAAUUGAUGCUCUUAGAUUGAAUGAUUGUGCAAGUUUCCAAAUGAGUCAUGCUGGUUCCAAAAAUAUCUGGUUUGCUUUUUGAUUUGAAUGGAUUUAGAUGGUAAAGACCUAGGAGAGACUAUUUGUCAUACAAAUCAUUCAAUUAGAUUAGAUAUGACUCCAAACAUGUAGCACAUUAGGGCCUAACUAAAGUAUUGAUAAUCUUGUACCCAAAUAGGGAGGUUUGAGGUGGGAGACAAGACUGACGGCUGUGUGUUUGCCAACCCAAAAAGCCGAAGGAGGAUGGGAGGUAUGGGUGGGUGGGUAAUGGGUAUCAAGUUCAGUGAAUUUAAUAAAUCUUGGCCCAUUUACGGAAUGGACUUUUUGUAAAAGAGUGGAGUCUGAAAAGUUUGUAAAGGCAAAGUAAAGAUUGGUAAAAGUAUGGGCAGAGGGGGAAUCUGCAGCCCAUGAGCUUUCCCCUCUUUGGUUAUGGUAGUCUGGUUCCUGAUAUUUUCCACAACCAAAAGGAAAAUGAUAUUUUCCCCUCUAAGAAGUAAGAAAGCCGUCAUUGAGUUUGAGAUGGUUUAGUCUUUCAGACAUUGAAGAGUGUUAGUUUGUGUUAUCCAUAUUUAUAUGAAAACCCAUUGUUUAGAUUAUUGUGUGGUUCACAAGGUUUGCAUGUAAUUUCGUUAGCUGAUUACGAUAUUCAAUAUUGGGCCACAUAUGCUCGUUUUGAAGUGGUUAUAUUUGUCGUGUUUAAUGUAAGGGGAUGGUGUUCAACCUCCUUUUAGAAAAGAAAAAUAAAAAAUUCUGUGAUGGGGAAUAACUGAACAUUGAGGCCAUGUUACUUAUUAGGUUAUUGGUAGUAUGGCAGUGUUCAUGCUAGUCCUGGCUAGGGUUGGAAUAUGUUUUUAAUAUUUAUGCUACAGCUGCAGCCAAGUAACUUGAACAAUAAUUUUAUGCUUCGCUGAAUGGUUGCCAGGUGUCUAUCUGGUGAUGCAUGUUGAGCCAAAUAGGUGUCACCAGGAUGGUCUUUUUUUACUGUGAGGUUGUUUUUAGCCCUAAUUGAUAGAUUUAUUCAGGUCAGCAAUUGGGUGAUUAUAAAAGCAUUUUCUUUGGUUAAUUGGAUUCUUUUUCUUGUCACCGAGAUGACCCACCACAAGCUAAAUACGGUGGUCGGACACUAAUUGGGCCACGGCCCGCGUUAAACGCUGACGGGGCUCGGUAAAAUGUUGAGCCCAUUGUAAUGGUUUCAAUAAAGCCCACAUAACUUGGUGGGUUGGAUUUGCGCUCUCGUCAAAAGGUGAAGCCCAGCUAAUGAGCGGUCAAGGUUAGGCAAGCCGCCAGACCCAGCCUUAUCGUACUUACUAUUAAUAUCAUGGAUAAAAUACAUGUAUAGUACUUUC